UUUCUAUAUGUUUAAUUCAUGCUGUCAACUGUAAUCAUUGUACUAUAAGUAUAUCUAGAGGGAUAAGCACCAUUUCUUUACCAAAGUGAUCUGAUCGGCCAUUGAAGGAUACCUAGUUUGAAAGCAGACAUGGAACACAAUAGCAGGGUUCUAAUAGUGGGAGGUACAGGAUACAUAGGCAGAAGGAUUGUGAAAGCCAGCAUAGCUCUUGGCCAUCCUACUUUCAUUUUGUUAAGGAAAGAAGUAGUCUCUGAUGUGGACAAAGUGGAGAUGUUAUUGUCCUUCAAAAAGGAUGGUGCCAAACUAGUGGAGGCUUCAUUUGAUGAUCACGGAAGCCUUGUAGAUGCUGUGAAGCAGGUUGAUGUUGUGAUAAGUGCAGUUGCCGGAAACCACAAGCGUCACCACAUCCUUCAACAGCUCAAAUUGGUGGAGGCCAUUAAAGAAGCUGGAAAUAUUAAGGUAUGGUGCUGGGAGCACAUUCGAACAACUAAGCCACUGGUGGAUAGAGAUAGGCUUGCUGGAGGAGGGUGUCGGAUGAUAUCGAUACGGUCGUCUGGAGAUCGUAUACAGAUUGCGAGGUCUGGGCGGAGGAUGGGCUGGAGAUGCCUUAUGUUUUCAUGA